UACGUGUUAUCGUGAAAGGGUACUGUUUCUCUUUUUUCGCGUGCUAACGUUACAAAAACAGUUAUGGCAACCAGUGGACAGACUGAUACUGUGCAAGAAAGUGCGAGUGACGCCGUCGGUGGAUCAUUAGCGGCUAAAUGUCUGCCUUGUCAACGUGCAGACAUGUCUAAGCUAGCAACGUUGUUCUGUAAUACAUGUGAAGUAUAUCUCUGUCAGGAAUGUUGUGAUGGACACAAACUACAUAUUCCAAACGUAGAGAACCAUGCCAUAGUGGCUGCCAGUGAAGCAAGUACCAAGACGACUGUCGAUUUAAAGGGACUGGAUAAAUGUUUAGAACAUGGAAGGGCCUUUAUGUUUCAGUGUGAAGAUCAUGGUGAUUUAUGCUGUGAAUUAUGUGUCAUCACCUAUCAUCGUAAGUGCGACAAUGUUCCUGAAAUUGCAGAGCUAGUUAAGAAGAAAACGGAUCAAAUCAAAAUUAAGGAGAUCCAUGAGACUGUUAGCACGGCGUCUGGAUUUAUUGAGACGUGUGAACAAGAUCAGUUGAAAAGUACUGGACGAAUGGAACAAAUCGAAAAUGAAAUAGAAACUUUCAAAGAAUUGUUCCUGAAGAAAGUCGAAGAAGCAAAAAUCCAUGUGCUCAGACAAAUGACUGACCAUAAUCUGAAAGAAGACAGCCGAAUAGAGAAAGGGAAACGGGAGGUUAUGAGUGCAAAGACCAAUCUUGAAUCGAUCCUAGAAAUAGCUGAUAUGGUCUCCGACUGUGGCUCUGAAAUUGAAAAGUUCAUAAUAAAUCGUAUUCUUGCAAACGAACAUAGCAGCUUAUCAGAAACUCUUCGCACCUUACAUGCAAAUAGAAAUGCCAUUCCAGUAGGUCUUUCAGUAACAGAGAAACUUUCAGAGUUAAUGAAGUCAAAUACACAGUUGUUUUCGCUCGUAGAAACAACUCCACUUAAACCAGCACGACUGCAGCAUGUCGUAUCGGUUAACCUCGAAAAGACAUGGGAUGACUCUGAGGAGCCGUGUGUUACAGGCUUGGACUUCCUGCCGGACGGUAGGAUCAUUGCCGUUGAUAGCUGGAACUGGAAAUGUUUUAUAAUGAACGGAACAUUAAAACGGUCGGGCAGGUGGUAUAAAUUCAAGACAAAGCCGAAAGAUGUUACGUCUUACAAGGAUAACUGUAUUGCAGUAACCGUCGGUUCCGAUACUCUAUGCAAUGUUUGCCUUUUGAAUGUAAAUAGUGACAACACAAUCACAUUGAUGAAGGUGUUAAAGGUGUCAGUCAGCUCCUGGUCCAUCGCCCAAAUAAAGGCCGAAACAUUCGCGGUAAGCACAUGGAACAACUCACAACCAGUCCGGAUAAUCGAUGUUGACGGCAAAGAAAGCAACUUUGAAAGUGUGAAGUUUCCUGCCAAGAUGUUUAAAUGCGGAAAAAACAAGUGCACCUACAACUCGUACCAAGAUACACUUGUACUUACAGACCAACAAGCUCACACAGUUAACAUUUACAACACCGUAACUGGUGAGAGGAUCGCGGUUACCGAUGGUCUGAUAAGUGAGCCUAUAGGCGCCUGUAUCGGACCCUGUGGCUCCGUGUUUGUCUGCAGUCAAUUUAAACACUCUGUUGUGCAGAUAUCCUCGACGGGAUGCGUUAUUGCAUCUUGCGAUGUCAACACAAGAUAUCCAAUGACGGUAGCCAUAUCCAAGGAUGGUUCAAGGCUGGCCGUGUCCAACAAUGUGAUGGGCGUGAGAGAAGUAAAGCUCUUUGAAAUAACUUCCUAAAUUUAGUUUAUAUCAAAACGUAUUCCAUGGUGAGCGUCCCUUUAUCUGGACGUUAGUUCUCGUAGUUCGGACGUAAUGUUGCUGCAAACAGUGGUAUAAUUUCGAAUUUGCUCGGUCGGUUUCAAACUAUCUUACCAUAUACAACUUUAGAUGUGCACUGUAUCAACUAAGAACUGAUAAACUGAGUGUGAAGUUUUGUAUUUAUUCUGUGUAAUCCAUAGGAAAUAAGUCCGCUCGGGCUUCAAUGGUUAUUCCUCGAGUUAUUCCACAUGUUUUGUUAUUUUCUUUCUUUGAAUACUAAUUUUACCAUUCGGAACUCCUCGGCCAUUUUAUCGAAAACAACCUCGGAUGUAUUUACGUACUCAAAAAGUGGCACGUUUAAGUCCGCUGCAAGUAGAUCGCGUAGUAAUUUUAUUAAGCAGUUAAACUUUAUGACUUUACUCGUGGGAAUCUGAAUUUUGUUUACAAUAAUUCACUUCAUUGGUAAUCAAUUUAAACUUAGAUCAAUAAAUACAACUCUAAAGCAAUACAUUUAAUAAAUGAUAUAAUUCAAAAAUUUACGAUCUACUUCAACUGAUGUACCUGCAUACAUCCGAGGUUGUUUUUGAAAAAAAAAUGGCCGAGGAGUUCCGAAUGUAAUUUUACAUGAAACUACUUCCAGUUUCGCUUUAAUAGAUAUUUUCAUAUAAAUUAAAUACCCCUUUUAAUAAAGGCUAAAGAGUUAAACAUAACAUAACAUUUGACACGGUCCGGGAAAAAACAACAGCACUGCGAUGUUUCUCUCAAAAUGGCAUAUCCCAUUUUGCGGCUUAGCGCGUAUUGGAUGAAUUGCCCUAUUAAAGUUAAACUUAAAGGCAAUCAUAUUUGGGGAAAUCAAGGAAAGAAGUUUUAUUUUUGGCGUUCUACAUUUACGAAAGAAUGACCAAUACUUGUUAAUUUACAAUUGGGCAAAUGACGUUGAGCUUAUGUGUAUCGAUGCAAUAACGAUGUACAGCUCAUGAAAUUGUAAAUAUAUUUUAACUAAAGUCUCCUUCUUUGUUUUUCUAGAAAAUGCAGAAUGCAAUGAUUUCUUUUUUAACUACUGUUUUGUCUGGAAGGACUGUUUAUAUCUUUGUCAUAUGAAUCCACAUUUUUUUGCACUCUUGUUGUAUGAUUAAUGCCUGCACAUAAUUUUCUUUGUAUUAUUAUCAUCAUUAUUAAAAAUCCGUUUAUCUUUUAAGCUCUGUUUAAAUGUAAAUUUCAAUGCAAA